AUGCGCGCGGGCCGCCGCCAGCUCGAAACUUAUUUACGAACGCAGCAUGAAGGAGUCAAGAGCUUUGACCAAGUGGUUGAGAGAGAUUCGGAAUACUGGAAUGAGCACUUGUCGAAGUCCCAGCGCACGAAAGGUGUGGUCGUGCGCAAACGUCACGCGCUUCCGGAGCUAUUGCCUGGCCUAGAAGCUAUUUACGAUAUCAAAGUGGGGCUACCAGGAAGACCCGACGAUGCAGUCUAUCUCGAGUCUCCGUACGCUAGACGGUGGCUGCCACGGGGAAACUGCAUUGCAAAGUGGAAGAGACAGAACACGACUUACUUCUUUCCGUUAGUGCGUGGGUACAAGAAAUUUACAGGUCAAGAGGAUGGCGCUGAGCUCAACAAGCACAAAGAGAGUGCAGAGGGUGAACUGUCCAAAUUCUUCAUCAAGCCGCGAGCACAGAGCAGAUGGAUGAUAUCGACAACCAAGGAAAACGGUGAGGCUGGUCACUUAGCAGUACUCAAGCGAAGUGACGGAAAGUUUAUAUAUGUGCUCGGGUCGAAGAACACUCACCUACUGGCCCAGAAUGUGGAGGAUGUCGACCGUGCAAGGAUGCAGGAGCGAAGUGACAACAGUGACCCGUUCGUUGCCGCAGCACCCAUUGCCACUGCUAUAUUACGCUUGCUGUUCGCGCUUAAGCCAGCUGAUCGUACGCUGCUGUGUGAGUUCCUAUGGCAAACACGUGCCACCGCAUCGUUCGAGGUUCUUUGUCCAAGCCACCAACACGUGCAGCUACAUGAAAAUAUUGUGGAAGACACCCCAGUAUUCUACGGAUUAUCGGUAAUGACAUUGGAAGUUGCGGCGGGUGCUGAGAUUUGUGUGAACCCCGUGCUAUUGUACGAAUUUAUGCGCGCACUUGGAAUACGCACUGUCUCCAACGACAUUAAAAAGUUUGAUGCCGAUGUCUUUGCAAACAUGCUCGAGCGCAGUACGCGUGCUUAUCGACAAGAAGGAAGCGUUUAUUUGUUUCUCGAUGACAAAGCCGACGUAAUAGGUAUGGAGAAGUGUAAAAGCCUCUGGUAUGUGUGCUUGCGAGCGAUCCGUGAAAAGGCCAAAGCCCUUUGCCGUGCAAUCAGGCUAGCUGAUGAUGUGUCAUGUCGCGUCCGAAAGCUGGAUGAAGCUAAGGAGUCAAUGCGAAAGCGCUUCCGAGCCAUUUCAGGAUACAUGCGAAUCUCAGACGAGGUUUCCAAUCAGUAUAACGCACUUGGCACGCGAUUUCUUGAGUACGUGGUUGAGAAGGAGCUUGCGUGUGGCCCUGCUCCUCAAACAGACCAAGCGACGCAAGAAAAAUGCAAGGUAGUCGCUAGAGAAGUUGCCGACCUCUUCCCAGUAGUGUGGAAAAGGUUCCUCGACCAUACUAAGCUGAACGAUGCAAUCGGUCGGCAAUAA